AUGCCCUACGAAGUCCCCUAUCACAAAUAUCGUCCACUCGUCAUCUCUGGCCCCUCUGGGGUUGGCAAAGGGACUUUAAUUAAGAGGCUCCUCGAUGCACACCCCGAUAUGUUCUCGACCGUUAUAUCGCACACAACACGCGACCCGCGCCAAGGCGAAGACGACUCCUCCUAUACUUUCGUGUCAAAGAGGGAGUUUCAGAAACUCUACCGAGAAGGUGUCUUCAUUGAGGCUACUGUAUUUGGCAAUCAUUACUACGGCACUUCAAUGCAGGCUGUCUCGCAAGUACUCUGUCGAGAUGCCAUUCCGUUGCUCGAUCUCGACAUAAAAGGCGUCAAAGCGAUGAAGAAGAUCAAGCGGCUGGAUGCAAAAUAUGUUUUCAUCAAGCCUCUUAGCUUUACCGCCUUGGAGUCGCGUCUAAGGAGUCGCGGGACAGAAUCGGAGGCCAAUAUCCAGAGACGCAUGACAAAGGCUAAGCUAGACCAGAAGUAUGCUGAAAAGAAAGGAGCCUACAACUUGAUCAUCAUCAACGACAACCUCGAGACCGCGUAUGCGGAGUUGAAAGAGUUUGCACUAUCGGAUAGCAUGGCCUCUCCAACCAAAGUCAAAUGCAAGGACGCUCUUCUGGUAUGUCGUUCCCUUUUUUAUUCUGUUCUUUGCUCUGUCUGUUGGCAAUCUAGUGCACAAAGUCCCAUUCAUGUUCAUUUCCAUUCCAUGCUGUGUCGUUACUAA